UUCAGAUGUGUUUCAGGUGUGUUUCAGACAUUUUCCAACUUGUUUCAAGUGUUUUUCAGGCUUGUUUCAGAUGUGUUUCAGUCGUGUUUCAGACAUUUUAAUGCUUGUUACAGGUGUGUUUCAGAUGUGUUUUAGGUGUGUUUCAGGCUUGUUUCAGAUGUGUCAGGUUCUGAAUUGAAGUUUGCAGCAGGCUCCGUGACUGACUUGCUCAGCUGUGAACAUUGUGAGUAGUGUGAGAUGUUUGCUUCUCACAGAGAUCAGUGCUGCAGCUCAGUGCGCUCCUCCUGCCAGCCUUUCAUUUCCUUCUACUGAACCUACUGACAAACUGCUACAGCAGUCCUUACAAUCACAGGAGCUCAGAGAAGUUUCUGAUGGUUAUCCGCCAUGUACGACCUCACAAGCCCGUUCCUAUUUGCUGUAGCAGCGCCAACAUCUGGAGCCAGGGAGGCUGUCAAAAUAGCCGUCCACUUACUUUCUUCUGCGUGUCUAGGAGUAAACAGACAUCCGGAGCUCGUUUCAUUUUUCUGAAAUAUGAAGCUGGAAGGCGGGCUCUGGUUGCACUCGAGAAAGGGUCAUUGUGCGGUGUGACCUGUCAUGUGAUCUCAAUCCCAGAAUAUCCGAGGACGGGUUGGGUUUAUUGUCCUUUCUCCUGUUUGACACAGAUGCACCGCAGGCCGGAAACUGAGGACCUCUGCCUCAAACACCCCAGCUCACAGACACCACGAGCUGCUGCUAGCGCCCCCUGUUGGCUACACCUGCUGUCAGCGCCUUAUCAAGACCUGACCCAGUGAAGACGUUUCUCUAAAGCAAGGACUUUUAAACACAGUCCGGACUUUUCCAGUGGGGAAUUUUUAAAGGGACAGUGUUAAUGACGUUUUGGGAACGGGGACACAUUUACAGAGUGAGCAGAAAAACAGGGAAUGAGGCUUUUCUCAGCUGCUGUGAAUGGACUGUGAAGAUGUUUCAGGAUGUAUGAUAUCCUGCUAGCAUCUGCUGGGGGUUGCAGUUUGUCCAGUAGGUGGCGCUAUGAUUUGUUCUCUCUAACAUUUUGUGUCCUCUUUGUGUCCGUAGCAUCAGCAUAUGCCAGCCUGCAGCAGCACGGCUCCGAAGGCGUCCAUGGGAAGUCGUCCCCGGUUGCCGUCUUCGUACCCCGGCCGGAUUACCUGGAGGGGGACGAGGACACGGACCUCAUCAAACCCAAGAAACUGGUGAAUCCAGUCAAAGCUUCGAAGAGUCACCAGGAGCUUCACCGCGAGCUGCUGAGCAGUUACAAACGAGCGGGGGUCAGUGUGGAAAUGAAGCCCGAGCUGCAGCGGGUGCUGGAGUCCAGGAGGAGAGAUCAGCUGAUCAAACAGAGGAAGGAGGAGGACGAGGCUCGCAGGAAGGUUUCUCCUCUGGAGGCCGAACUGCUGAAGAGACACAAGAAGCUGGAGGAGCUGGAGAGACAGCAGGAGCAGGAAGACCUGAGAGCCCCCGAGUUCGUCAAAGUCAAGGAGAACCUGAGGAGGACGUCCGUUCAGGGCAAAGAGGAGAAGGAGGUGUAGAGGCAGCGGGAGCGGAGACGGCGAGCGUCCAAAGACACAGGUGCCGGCAGCUGGACGGCUGUGAUGCCUCUCGGCAGCUCGGGUCGGUGGUUCUGAAUCAGGACGCUACAGAGCAACACGAGCAAACGACAACUGCCUCUGUGAGCAGAUACGUGCGACUAAAGCGAGGAGACAGCAGGAGGCGCUGCUGCACAGAUAGGGAAGGACUCUUGAACCUGUGCUGGUUUGAGUCUGAGGCUACGUCCACACUAAUGCGUUUUCAUUCGUUUUCUCUCCAUUUUGGCCUCCCGUCCUCACCGAGACGCCGUUUUCCCCAAAGGAAAACGCAGCGUUUUCAAAACGCUCUCGAAAACGCACACAUUUGAAGACGGUGCUUUCCCGUCCCAGUGUGGACAGCGAGAAGGGAGACUUUUGAAAACGAUGACACAUGUUAGUCACGUGAUGCAGUCAUGUGACCAGUUAAACUAAGAUAGCGGAGGGCGUUACACAGCAGCUGUUUCGUUUGACAGCCCUAUUAAAGAUGAACAUCAGUCUGCACGCGCUCCAGAGAGCUUUUCUUCACAUUCUUUAAUUCUCACUCGCUUUUGCAACUUUG